AUGGAAUCAGUCACACUAGAGGCCCUGCCUCCCGAAAUGAAAACAGCCAUUUUGUAUGCUAUCCCAGACCUUGCCUCCCUGAAUUCAUUGGUCCAUGCCUCUCCCUGCUUCCAUGCGUUGUAUCUUUCCCAGCGCAAACAACUACUGUCAACCGCCCUUGCAAGAUGCCUCCAGCUGCCUGUCAUGGUCGAUGCGGUUGCUGCGCUGAUCGCCUUACGCGGGCGGCAGGACCGAUGCAAAGCCCCAAAGCCUGCUCUAGAGGCAGCUGAGGAGUUUCUGAGAAAAUACGUUCCCCUGCGUGCAAUACUGAACCCCCCAUACUCCUAUUCUGCAGACGAAUACCUAGAUCAGAAGUUGGACGUUUAUCAAGUGUUUGCCUCUUUGACGAAAUACGAUCUACUUGAAAUGGCUCGACUUCAUACUAUAGUGGAGUUCAUCUUAAAAGAUAUGGUCCACUCCUUCUUCGGGCUUAGGCCAGAUACCCAAAAGCCAAAGGGGAAGGAUACUGCAUUAUCACCACCAGAAACAUUUCGGAUGCAACGAGCAAUCUACCGGCUAGAAAUUCACCGGCUCUUGUUCAGCAGCAACGGGCUUCUAUGGUUCGAAGGGCAAGAUCGGCUUAACGAUAUAUAUGUCGAGUCUGAUGCCCAGUGGGAUCUAUUCCUCAGUUUAUUCGCACCAUGGGAAAUGGAAGAAAUCCGAUGUGUCCUGAUGUAUAUCUUUCGCGUAUAUGAAGAACUGCCUGGAGCAACUAAUUUCGAUGAUUGGUGUGAGCUCUUUCCCGAUGAGAAUGAAGAUCCAUUAUCUCACCUUUAUGAUCACGGUAUAACCCUUGACAACCAAAGAAUGUAA